AUGAGUAAUAAGAGGCAAGGGAGACUGGGAACAAAAGUGUAUGAAGAUUCAGCACAAACCCGAAAAUCUCGAAAGCUCAUCACAUUGGAAGAAUUCUUCUCCAGAAAAUUCUUUCAAAAUGACUCAGCCAAGGCCGUCCACAUAGUCUCUCGUUGCGAAAUUCAGGACGAAAAGGAGGACGUUGACCAUGGUGAUCCAAAAGAGACCUUGUCUUCUUUGGAGGAACUCCAAUCUCAGGUCGAUGAAGUUAAACCCUUGCAAUCCUCCACAUCACCAAAAGAAGUGCUCACCCAAGCUCUUGGAAAACCAGAGAUAUACGCCCCUCAUACCAAUACGCUUCAACAAACACAGGGAUGUUACGCAUGCUCUCCAGAUUUAACCUUCACUGAUGAGGAUCUAUUGUUAUGCUCUAAGCCCCACAAUCGCCCACUCUAUGUCUUUGGUUAUGCUCGUGAACAAAGGAUCGAGUGUAUCCUUGUUGACGGAGGUUCAGCCAUUAACAUACUUCCAAAAAUGACCAUGAAACGACUGGGUUUUACUAUGGAAGAAUUAUCACACAGCCGUUUAGUCAUCCAAGGUUUUAACCAAGGAGGACAACGUGCAAUCGGCCUGAUCCACCUAGAAUUGAUCAUUGGAGAAUUGAAAAGCAACGUCUUGUUCCACGUCAUUGACGCUAAGACGACCUACAAUAUGUUGUUAGGACGUCCUUGGAUGCAUGAAAAUGGAAUAGUGUCGUCGACUUUGCAUCAAUGCUUUAAGUUCUUUCAAAAUGGAAUAAAAAAGGUCGAUGCUGAUUUAAAGCCUUUUGCAGAAACCGAAGCUCAUUUUGCUAAUGCAAAAUUUUAUGCAAAAGAAGACAUUUCUAGUGAGGUUCUUCCAGUUGAGAUCCCAUCUAUAAAAAGUAAACAGGGUGAAGAGGGGCACGUUAAAUUCAUCGCCAAAAAGGACAUUUCUUCCCCAAAGAAAGGUCCAGAACCAUUCCUCUGGUAUAUACCAUUAUCACACCGCAAGAAUGGACAAUCACCAUUCACGGAAUGCCUUCAACCUACAAAAGACGUGGGAAGGCUUCCUGCAAAGCUCAUGAUGGAGGAUGUAGCCAUAUUGAAAGAAAAUCAUGUUAUGCCUUUAACUUCAUCCACAAAUCCUUUACCCUCGAAGCCGUUAAAAGGAUUCAUGAGAUCUUUGCAGAGUCCAAUAAAGCAUGAUAUUCUACCAAGUGAACGGACGAAAGAAUGGUUCGACCCAAAGGCAUAUAGGCUGUUAGCCAAAGCAGGCUAUGAUUUCUCAAAACAAGAGGACUUAGGGAAGCUAAUUCCAGAAGCCACUGGAGAAAAGGUGCAUGGCCUUAGCAAAACACAAAGGAAAAUGAGGCUUGAAGGGCAUGAAAUUCCUAUCCCAAAGACAAGAUUAUGUUAUACUCCUGAACAACCAGCUCAGAUAUGGAUCAAGAAAAGAAGCGAUCCUUCGAGUUCCCAAUACAUGACAGUGGAGGUCGGCGAAAGUUCCAAUCAAAGGAAAGACCAUUCUUCACCCCAUGUCUCAGUGUUUGAUCGCAUUGAGGCCUCGUCAUCACGAAUCACAACACCCAUCCAUGAUGAGGAAAUUGAAGAGGUAUCAUCCUCGUUUCAUAUCACAAUAGAAGAGGGUACACUGUCAGAUGCUGAAGCAACCAAUGAAGAGGUCGAUGAAGCUCCUCCAGCCUUGGAAGAUGGAGGACAAGCUACAGUUGAUGAACUUAAAGAGAUCAAUUUAGGGACUACUGAAGAACCCUGGCCAACUUUCAUCAGUGCACUUCUCACCCCUGAAGAAGAAGAAGGAUACCUCAAGCUCCUAGUAGAGUACAAGGAUGUGUUCGCUUGGACUUACAAGGAAAUGCCUGGGCUCAAUCCGAAAACCGAGGUCAAUAAGCUCAUUGAAGCAAGCUUCAUUCAUGAAGUACAGUACCCGGAAUGGAUCGCUAACAUCGUCCCUGUCAAGAAGAAGAAUGGACAAAUCCGAGUGUGCGUUGACUUCCGUGAUUUGAACAAUGCAUGUCCCAAGGAUGAUUUUCCAUUACCCAUCACUGAGGUCAUGGUUGAUGCCACUACUGGUCAUGAAGCUUUAUCUUUCAUGGAUGGAUCUUCGGGUUAA